AUGAGGCUCAAGACACUUCUUUGGCUCUCUGUGAGCUCUUCCACGUUGCUUUCUACCGUCAGGGCUGCGUUCAGGGCUCCUUCGCGUUUGGGAAGCUUGGGGCCAUACUUCGAUGCUAUCGCAAGCACCUCUAGUACGCGACCAGCUUCCCAAGUCAACUGCCGCUCCAACAGGGGCGGAGUUGCUUUGGAAACUUUGGACAUUGCUGGUCCUACAGAACUGAGAGAAGCCUUGGUUGAAGUCGAAGGGCAAUUCCGUGAACUCUUGAGCUCCCACACAGUGCGCCAUCGGAUUCCGACCAGGAAUCAAGACCAAGAGAAACUGAGCAAGAUCAAGGCAGAGUUUGAAAGAUGUCAGGGAGUGAUGCUUGUAGAAAGAAUGCAAGCUCUGUCAGCCUUGCAGACAAGCCAACAACGGGCAGAUGCGUCGAGGUUCAAGCUUUCAGUUGAGGCGUUGUUUCUGAUCGCCAUGUCCAACAAAAGCAAACAGAAGGAUAUUUUGCAUUUCUUCCUGGAAGCCUCUGGCCCGGUCUUCAAUACCUUGCCCGACUUGAGUCAAGUCGAACAGUUGAAAAAAUUUGAGAGUCAAAUAGUAGCCCGGGAGGCCGGCAGAGCCCUUGCCGCUUCUUCUAAGGAAAUGAUGAAUUAUUACCAGAUGCAAUUGCAGAACCAGAUCAAUCAAAUAUGGCGAGAGGAGAUUGAGCAAAAUUCAUUGAAAGCCUUGAUUGAGCCGUUUGUGGGGAGUAACUCAUGGCCAGGCUUUCUCGAAAACUUACGCUCGGGACUGCUGAGCACGGCACAAGCCGACUGGGUUUGGAACGACACUUUCAUAGUCCGACUCCGGAUUCUGUUUUCCAGUGGACUGAUGUCCAUCGGUGAGCCUCAAAGACUUCAAGACAUCCUCAAGCUCUUGAGAAGCUUGUCCGCCAUCGAAGGCUUGUCGAUCGAGAAGCGAAUCGCUACCGUACAAGCUUUCAAAGCGCUCCUUCAAUGGUCUAAAAAUUAAAAGGCCUGCACUGCACGCUCAUCGAGUACUUUUACUCGCACAACUUACCAGGAGAAUUUUCCGACCUAAAAGGGGUCCAAUUAUUUCCUCAAAAUCAGACA